CGUUACUAAAGAUUUUGACGUUCUUAAGAUAUCAAUUAGUUGUAUAACGCAAUUAUAUUCACACGUUGUAUUAUGCGGAAAAGGUUAUGCUAAGAUUAUAUAUAUAUAUAUUUAAAAUCUUUUUCCAAUGAAAUUUUAUUAAAUAAAAUUAUUUUGAAUAAUUUUUAAUAUUAUUUUUUACUAAAUAAGCAAUUGAUAUUAUUGAUAAACUAAAAAUUGACAGUAAAUUAAAAAACACUAAAAAAAAUUGUUAACCUUAUACUAAUAACAAUUCAUAUUUGAAUAAUAAUUAUACAUGUUUGUGGAAUAGUAUUUGUGGUAGUACAAUUUUAUUUCUGUCUGCUUAAGUGAGUGUGUCAAAGGGCAAGGCUAGUCUUAAGGGGUUUGAUUUGGAAGUUUGGGAGUACUGCCAGUUGGCUUUUAGCUGUGACAUGUGAAAGAUGCAAGUUUCAUUAAAUCUUUGUUAAAUAUUAUUGGGUAAAUAUUAAUAUUCUAAUACUUUAUAUUUUAUUUGGGAAAUUGUUAUCAUACAAAAAAAAUUAUAAAAAUAUUUAAAUUAUAAUUACAUUUUAAAUUAUAAUUACAUUUUAAAUUAUAAUAAAGUAAAUUAUAACCAUGAGUAUUUCAAAGAAUGUGAAAAAGCAUGUGACUAUUUUAAAGUCUGUUGAAUCUGAUUCAGAAAAAUUUGCUGCUUUAUUUAUGAUUACAAAAUUGGUGGAUAGUAAAGAUUGUACAGUAACAGAAAAAAAAAUGUUAUUUGAAGCUAUUGGAACUAAAUUUUUAACAAAAUUGUUAUCUACACAAGUAGUUCCUGUAGAUUGUCCUCCACAAGUAUAUAAAUCUGUAGCACUUUCUAUACUUUCUGCAUUUUGUGCUGAAUCAGAAUUAGCUUCUCACCCUGACAUGAUUGUUCAUGUACCUGCAUUACUUGAAAUUGUAUCAAAAGCUGAUGAAGAUGCAGAUGAUAAUAUGUUAAUUAUUGUUAGUGAAGCAUAUAUAUGUUUGCAAAAUAUUGCACAAUAUUCUCCUGGACAACAAGUUUUAAUUGAACAUAAAGCUAUUGCAAAAAUGUGUGAUAUUUAUUCAGAAAAAAGCUUUCAAACAGAUAAGGCCUUGAACAUUUUAGUUACUUUAGUUCAAAGAUUUAGUACAGAAGCAUGGGAUGCAACAGAUACUGCACCUUUUCAUGCUAUAAUAAAUAAGAUUGCAUUAGAUUUUGAAACAGAUCAUACAGAAAGAAAAUUUGAAUUAUGCACAAUUUUACAAGCUUUACUAAUGUCUUGUACAAAAGAUAUAAUUAGUAAAACUGCUAAAGAAGAAUCUUGGCCUUCUAGCAUACAUAAAGCUUUAUCUGAUAUUCUUGGAUCAAAAAUAGGCAAAAAUCAACGUGAUCCAGCAUUAAAACUUGCUUCUGUAAUGCUAGAUUUAUUAGGAGCAGAAUGGACUUUAUUAGAUAAAGAAAAACCAAAAGUAUUUUUGUUAUUAUUAAUUCAACUAACAUCUAUAGAAAUUAGAAUGCAAAUAGAAGGAAAACAAUUGAAAAGUAUAAUGACAAAUGCAGAUUUAAUAACAUCUUGUUUUAUUAUUAUUGAAAUUUCUCUUGCAUAUAUUACCAAUGAUCAGUUGGACUUAGAUCAAAAAGAAAAACAAUCAUUAUAUACUGUUUUAAAGGGAGCAUUUGCUGCAAUUAUAGGUUUACUUACAGCAGUAUCCAAGAUGAAGGAAAUAACAGAUAUUAAAGAAAGAAUAUUUAUUUGUGCUGUAGUAAGAGUACUAUCAGCAUGGCUUGCCCAGGAAACAACAGCUAUGCGUUCUCAAGUUUAUACAGUUUUACCUUAUGUUUUAACUAUAGCUAAUGAUACAUUUUAUGCAUAUAGAAAUAGAAAAUUAACAGAAAAGGCUAAAGCAAAUGCGAAACUUAAAAGUGAUGAAGCAACAUCAUCUGGAGAAUCAGUUAUUCAUGAUCCUUUAAGUGAAAUUGAUUUAUUGAGACUUCUAUUACCAGCAUUAUGUUAUUUAGCUGUAGAAGAAGAUGCUAGAAAAAUUUUAAUUCAACAUAAACAAGAAGAAGUCUUGUUUGAAUGUUUAUCUUAUCAUUGGACAAUUGUUCAUCAAAAAAAACCACCAAUACCAAAAUCAGAAAGAUUAAAAAUUUUAAAAGAACCAGAAAAAGAAGAUUUAGAACUUCAUCUAUCAGAAGAAAUAAAAGAUUCAAGAACAGCCAUGGUUUCUGUGUGUAAUGUUUUAAUGAACAUUACUGUAUUAGAAGCAAAAUUAGUAGAAGAAUCACCAACAUUUAUUUCUUUAUUGAAAUUUAUUUUCAAUAAUCUUCCAGAACUUAAACAAAUUCCUGAAAAUCUAGUAUUGCAUGGUCAUCUUGCAGUUUUGGGAUUGUUAUUAUUGAAACAACAAGCAAUACGUAUUAAAAAAAAUGAUUUUUCUAUUUGUCGAUAUAUUCAAGCUACUAUAAGAUUUUUAUGGGAUGCAUAUAUAAUUGAUGAAAGCAAUGAUCCAACUGAACUUGUUGUUGCCAUGUCAUAUAAAGAAAAGUGGUUGGAACUUAUGGAAUUAUGGUUUCUUGGAAUGCAAACAAUGGCUGGAGUCUUACAAGUCAUACCUUGGCUUUCACAAUUUACUCUUGAGUCAGGUUGGGUAGAAGAAAUUAUUGAAAUCCUCAAGAAAAUAAAGAUAGGAAGUCUUCAACCAAAUGUAAAAUUUGCUUUUGAAGAUCUUUUAUGUCAUUUAGUUAAAGCAGAUGAAAAUGUUGCUUCUGUUUUGAAGAAACGUGGAGCUUUAACUGUAUGCAGAAAUCAUCGUAUGAUGGAAUUGGGAAAACAUCUCUUUGGAGACUAAAAAUAUUCUAUUAUAUUUUGAAUGAAAAUGUUUAUAUUUAUAUAUUGAUAAAAUAGCUGAAAUAGUUAAUCCAUUCUUAUGUUAUCAAAUAAUGUGUUUAUUUGUGUAUACAUAUUAUAUAUGUUUUUUACAUUAUAUUGUUUAUAAAAUAAAAUUAUUAUCAAGUUAUUUGAAUUUCUAAAUUUUAAGUAUAUAUAUAUGUUCAUAUUAUAAUAAAAAAAAAAAUAAAAAUAAUUCAUUUUAUUAAAUAGUAAUAUUUAUAUUUAAGUAGUUAAUUUCAGUAACUACAAUUUUGCAAUUCUGUGAACUAAAAUUUCAUAUAUCAAAUAUAAAUUUUGUUAGUAAUCAUAUGUAAAAAUAGUUUUUUGGCAAGCAAAAGAUUUAUCAACUUCUGUUUAUUAAAUAAUUUUACGAAUUUAAAUAUUGAUAUAAUAUAUGUUGAAAUAAUUUUUUUUUUUUACAUUUUAUAUUCAUCAUAAAAUAUAAAUUAUUUGAAAAUUUAUAUAAGUUUGAUAAUAUUUAAAAUUUAUAUACUUUAAAAAUGUACAUAUUUGAUAAAUUUAUGUAUACAUGAAUGACAUUGUAAAAUAAUAAAUGGUUUUUUUAUUAAAAUAAA